UAUAAGUUGCCGGAUCUUCAUCGCAAAAAUCAAAGUGACUGGAGUCAACAAAUUGAUGGUUGAUUUUUUCUGCUAAGCUCUUGAAGACUUUAUCUCAUACAUCGGAACGAGGAUGUCGAAUAUGUCCGAUCAAAACCCAUACGUUCCGCUUGGCGAAGACAGUCAUAGAUCUGACCCCGCCCACUUCUUCAGAUCGGUAUUCUCACACCCUUUCCUCAUCAACGACAUAAACGAUCAUCAUUACGAUGGGGACAUCAGGCCCAGAUUCCCUGAUCUACGCUACAUUCGAGCGAAAUGGUUUGAGAAUAACCUUCUAAAUCUCCGGUCGCAAAUCUACGCGCUCGGCGACAAGGCGAUUAGGGGCGAUUUCAAACCAGAUGAUAAGGCCACUCAAGCCUCAUAUGAGCAAGCCUUGGAAGCAUUACUCACAGAGCUGGAUCAUUACAGCCGAAUCCAUGAACAGGAUCAGUUGGCGGCUCAGGCACAUUCUGUCGACAAAUACAAUCUCGAUAAUGUCGUCAGACACAAUAUCAACCCGAACGCGACUCAUGCGCCUAAUGGACAACCGGUAGGCUUCUAUGGGGUCUUUGGCAGUCCUGCUCCGUUGUCCCUUUUCGCGUUGCGACAGAGCGAGCCCAACUUCUUCCGCCAGAUCGUCCUCAACGUUCUGGCACGGAUGUACUACCGUUUAUACAAUCGUCUAGCGCGUGUGUUCAAUUUUGAAGAACAGAGCGAGGCCCAGGACAUCAGCAGCCGAGCAGUCGAGGUUAUAGUCGGAGGUCUGGAAUGCACUUUAUCAGUUGCUUAUCUCGCGGGAGCAGUGCUCCUCUCUGUGAAACUCUCCGGCCAAAUGGAAAGGAUUAUUGCCAUGUCCGCGAUGAGUCUACUCUUCCCAUUCACGGUCUUGUUCCUCAGUGAGAAAGCCAUGCGAUUUUUCAUGCUUUGCGCAGCGUAAGUUCGUUCCUUUUGUCAUUGAUGCGGCUAAGAAAGUAACAGGUUUUGGGCUGUGACUGCGACUCUGGUGUCGUCAAACAG